CCAGGUUGUCGAUCUGACGUCGUCUCCCUUCACCGCGAGCCUCACUGUCUGGCCCCCUGCAUGCGAUGCCGCGUAGCGCCGCGGUUCGUAAGGCAAUGUCCAUGACAGCGAACCGCCGUUGCACGAACGUGAGUAAGUGCGGAGCGUGAUGUCUUUUAAUCCCUACCCACCCCGCUUCUCCUUCUGUCUCUUCAUCUCUCUCGUACCCCUACACACGUAUACUCUCCUGCCGCCCGUCUGAUUCUUUCGUAUCUCUUCCAAGUAUUCCGAAGCUCGAUAACACAUCCGACGCGCGGUCGUGCUCCGCAAGAAACACCAGCACGAAACAUCCCGCAAGAGAUUUUACCAUGGGAGAUCAAUACCCAGCCGCCCCGAUGGCGCCCGGAACUGGACCAUUUCCCGAUGCACCCAUGGGGCAACCAAACCAAAUGCAUGAGUACUACCCGGCUCAAGGACAGCAGUUCGACCAACAAUACGCUCAGCAACAUUACGACAAUCAGCAAUACGGCAAUCAGCACGGUGUAUAUCACAACCAGAACUACAACAUGUAUGAUGGAAAGCCGAAGAAGAACAACAAAAUUGGCAACCGCGUGGGAACUCGAUAUGAAGGCUACACGCUGGAACGGAAGCAUCCCGACUCCAAGCACCCGGACGCCUGGGCGAGCGUGAUUCCAACUCCCAUGCACCUCGAUCAGAAAGAGCUCCGAUUCGCCAUCAAGAGACACAAGGCGUACGGGGGAAGCUUGGGGGUCCAGGCGGACCUUCAGAAGCUCACGACGAUCCAGCAAGGCGCCGUGAACCAUUUCAUCGGCGAGCGGAUGCGGGGAGAACGGGAUCGGUAUGCGCAAUGGGUGCUCGCAGACGUCCAGGGGGUCAAGAGAGGCUUGUUUUCGAGGGAGCUUCAGAGGAUCGAGGUCAUCUUGAGAUGCGACGACAAGAACGCCAAGAAGGACUCCGAUCGCAAGGGGUCUAAAGGGGGGAAGAAAAAGCCCACGACUUUCGAGAUCGUCGACCGUGAAGAGCUCAACCGCAAGAAGGCGCUGAAAGGGAAUGGCAAGAUCCGCAAAUCCCGCAGCGAUAACGAUUUGUAUGCUUGGGGGAAUGAGGGAGGAUACAACAGCAACAACUUCCAGCAGAUUCCCGUCCCACCACACAUGCCGCAGUGGCAACAGUUUCCACAGCAAGACCAGUACCCCCAACAAGGGCAGGUCCCGGACCCAUUCCCUCAUCAGCAACAAAUGCAAGGGGGAGUGUACUACGGCCCCGACAAUUAUCAACCGGGCCCUCCCCAGUUCCACCAUCAACAGGAACCUCAAUAUGGCGUCGCGGACCCCUUCCCCCCACAAGACGACGCAUACUACCCCGACGACCAGCAAGCCCGCCCUCGGGCGCGGCAACACCGCGCCUCCUCCAGCCGGCCGAAGACGGAACGCCGCGUGAGCGCGCUCGAAGAUCAAAUGGACUACAUGGCGCAAAAGAUGGAGCAGUUCCGCAUCAGCGGCGGCAACUCGAGCGAAGACGCCACCACCUCGUACGAAACCGCUUCCAUCUUCUCCUCCCCUCCUCCCCGUCGUCAUCGCUCCGCACGCACUCCUGACGCUCGUGUCGAUGGCAGUGACCUCUCCUCGCCCACCGAGUACUCGCCCGGCAGCAGCCUGGAGCGAUCGCGGAAACCGCACCGUUCGCGCUAUCGAGGCGGCAGGCAUCGAGAGUGGGAAGUCGUGCCGGCGUACUCGGCGCGCAACGAAUGGGGUCUUCCUGUGGAGCGGAGACGCUCGACCCGCGGCGAGGCUGGCUCACGCCGCCCGAAGCUGCACCACGCUGCGACGUACGACGAUUAUCCGUCGGGCAGGGCGACGGAUGGUUCGUCGCGGCCGAGAAGGCUGACGGAUGCGGCGGACGAUCGGUACGACUUCGAGAAUGAGCGGCGGAGGCCGCGGUUGGAUUAUGAUGCGCUUGACGAGGGAGGGCGCAGGGAGUAUGGAUCUACGCGGUAUCGACACCGGAGCAGCGUUGCUGGGUUGGGCGGGUCGCGGCGUUAUUACGAUUGACAUGGAUGGUAUUUACUACUUUGAUCUUCUGUAAUUACGAUAAUGAUGAUGCGGUCGAGGCAACUUUUGGACUCAACGAAAGGACCACGAUGGAUGGAGUGGACGGGCGGACGCCCUUUCCUUCCGGGGAAUUUUCGGCCGCCUCUCAGAAGGGAAGGAGCGAUUUGAGGGC